CCGGCAGUGACUUCUCUAGCACCGGCGCACGGCGUCAAUGGCGGCCACCGAGAGCGGAGACGAAACACCCGCCAUUAGAGCCUUAGGUUCUCUCUUCAAGACCAGGGAUUACUAUCUAUGGGAUGAUGCUGUUGUUGACACAAGUGUCAGUUGUGAAGGAUUUGCAGAUCGGUACAAAGAUUGUUGUAGGAAUUUGGAUGCCAAGUCACAAAUUGGACCUAUCACAAAUGAGUAUCCUACGUCCGAAGAUUUGGAAUUAGCUCAAGAGAGAGAAGCUUUAGGUCUCCCCUUAGCCUUCAGCACGGCUAAAGAGAAGAGGAAUUUAACUACUAGAAGAAAAAGACAUGGAGCACAAACAUACGGUAAAUCUGUCUCUGUUUCUAAAGACAUUGAAAACAAGGUAUCUGAACCUUUUGGGAUUAAUGAAUCAGAAGAGGUGGCUUUAACAAGAGUAUUCCAUGAUAGAACAAACAACAAUGAAUAUAUCUUGUUGAAGGAAGGUGAAAAUGACGCCAUUUGUUUUGGAAUUGACGUCAAACAUGUUGGAGAAGUUGCCUGCUCUGAUAGAGAGUUGUCAAGUGUGAGUACUGUAGUCCUGGAUAAAUUUGAAAAACAGCGUUUCUUUGUUGAUGUCACUGAUUUGAGAGUGAAUAAUACUAUAGAUAAAGAACUUACAUUGGAUGGUGUAGAGUUAGGGAAGAAUAUAGAAACUUUAGAGUGCCAUUUAAGUGUUGGUAUUGAUGAUUGCCCUGAAAUGAUUCUUGAAGAUGCUGUGUUAGGGCUUCAUCUUGAGAGGGAAUCCUCUAACAAAGGAAAUGAGAGUGGAUGUUCUGAAGUUUCCUGUGUAUCCUACAAUGGAACUUGUGUGGAAACUGAUUGUGUUGACACCAAAUAUUCAAAGCCCUUUCAUAAUUCUCCUUCCCGUGAUUUGGAUGAGUACAGGGAUCAAGAAUGUCCUGAUAACUCUGUUUGCUAUGAAUUUGGUGACUGGAAGGUAGCUUGGGAUACUUUCUACAUGAGAUACUACUUCUACAACUGUCAAACGCAGGAAUCAACAUGGUCUCCUCCUGAAGGCUUGGAGUUCGCUUUUAGCUCUGGAAGCACAUCUAAUUCGAAUGAUAUGACUGUUUGUGCAGCUGAAGAUGAUAAUAACCUUGGUUGUGCUUGUGAUACGCUCUGUUAUCAUGGUGCAUCAAGUUGCAGAACUGGGAAAUUGCAGGAAAACAUAUGUGGUACAGAAGAUUUAGGUCAUUCAUCAGCAGAAGUUCUAUUUGGUUUAAAUGAAACUUCUCUAACUUCAGGCUUUAAAGGUAAUCAAGUUACUGCAAACUAUGAAACAAAUUUAGAUAGACUUGCCAUGAAAAUUUGUGAGAAGCAAGGUCCUUGCUGUUUUUCAGGUGCUGAUUGUUCUGUUAAAGAUGAACUGGAUGCCAGUCAAUGUAUGGCUAAAGAGGAGAAUGACACUUGUGUGAAGUUCCAGGAUGUGCAUGAUGUUUUACUUCAACAUGCUGUGAAUAAUAGUUUGAGUGCAAACAAUGAAGAUGGGGAGUUCCACUGCCCAGAAAUAUUUAUCUCAAUGACUGAUGGUGAAACUCUUAUUCAGAGUGCAACUAUGAGAAGGAAGAAGAAAUUAAGAAAGCGCCAAUCAACACUUACUAUGGAAGGAGAUGUAGGAGAUUUUCCUGCUAAUGUUGCCAAAUAUUGGUGCCAGAGGUAUUUACUUUUUUCCCAAUUUGAUGAUGGUAUAAAGAUGGAUGAAGAAGGGUGGUUUUCUGUCACACCAGAAUCUAUUGCUAGACAUCAUGCAUCGCGUUGUGGUAACGGCACUGUGGUUGACUGUUUUGCUGGAGUUGGUGGAAAUUCCAUCCAAUUUGCCUUUAAGAGUAACCAUGUUAUUGCAAUUGACAUAGAUUCACAAAGAAUUGAUUACGCACAGCACAAUGCAGCCAUAUAUGGAGUUAGCGAUAAGAUAGAUUUCAUAAAUGCUGAUUUUUUCCAAAUAGCCCACUGCUUGAAGGGUGAUUCUGUUUUCUUGUCACCUCCUUGGGGAGGACCAGACUAUGCCAAAGUUCAAAAAUACGAUAUGGAGACCAUGCUUAAGCCUCAUACUGGAUCUUUCCUCUUCAAGAUUGCAAGCAAGAUGGCACCUAAGGUGGUAAUGUUUCUUCCUCGUAAUGUUGAUCUAAAUCAAUUGGCUGAGCUAGCUCUGUCAGCUACUCCCCCAUGGUCACUUGAGGUUGAGAGGAACUUUUUAAAUGGAAAGUUGAAAGCAAUCACUGCGUAUUUUGAAAAUACAGCUAAGUAGAGGAUGCAUAAUUCAAUCAAUCUGAAGAGAAUUUUGGAUGACAAGAGACCAGAAUUUUGUGUACUAGCUUUUAUGGGUUGAGAGGCAUUCUGAUGGUUGAUAGAUUCAAUAUAACUGUGAUGCUCUGAAAUGCCGAUGAACAUCAAACAGAAUGCAGUAAAUGCACUGGACUUGGGACAUGCUUGGGAAGCUUUUGAAUAUAAAUAUUGGCGAAUUUCUGAAUGUGUAUUACUUUGUUUUUUAUUUGUAAAAUGUAAAAGGAAAAAAAAAUGUUAAAAAGAAUCAGAGAAUGCUUGUUGAAACCCCUGUACAAUUAAAUUAAAUGAUUUAUUUGAUGUAUUAUUGCUACA